AUGUCAAAUAUUCCUGUACCAAGUACUUCAAAAAGAACUUCAAGCGAUAUGGCUAACCAAAUUAGUAAAAAGACUAAUCAUACUAAAAAUAGUUGGAUUUGGAAUUAUUUUGAAUUAAGAGAAUUAGAAAUCGUAAAAGAUACUAAUGAAGAUAGUCACAACAACAAAGAAACUGAGAAA